AGCAAAGAAAAAGUGUAUGAAAAGUUCACGGCUAGGGCGUGUGAUCUUUUGCACGCGUCCGGGAUACCAUGGGCUUCUGCUCUUGCUGUGUGUUUGCCGAAGUGUAUAAACUAUUGGGCUGACAGUGUAGGGCGGAGCCGAUCAACGUCUGAACAAACCAGAUCCACAUCAUAACCGACUUGGUUAUUGGCUCCCACACAUCUUGGGGUGUUAUCAGAUCAGUGAGUGGGGCGAUAUGAUGUCAGCACAUGGAACUGCAAGGCCAAAUGUGAACGUCAGAAGAUCAGUGCGGAUAACAAUGUUCUUCAAACAGGUCCGCAACAUUCAGCUCUGCUCCUUGGUGUUUCUUCUUCUGCCAUGGGAGUCCCUGACCAUGCCCCAGGUUGCAGAAAUCUUCCCGAUGAACCUAUGGACAGCGGAAUGUUGGAAGAAAACCAAUUGUGCUGGUAGACCAUCCCCCGACAACGAACUCUCGGCCAGUAGAUUUCUCCUCAACUUCAGCUGCCAUUGCGACACGGCCUGUGAAAGGUUUGGAGACUGUUGUCUGGACAGUGUCCACGAUCCUUGUGCUUGGAACCAAACAUGUGGGGAUCAGUUCCAGAUUCCCAAACCACAAGAAUACUAUUCCUGCAAAAACGUCCCAGAGGUUGAUCCAUAUGGUGGCAUAUACCUGGUGUCAAAAUGCCCGGAGGGCUGGACAGAUGAGUUUGUACGGAAUCAUUGUGAGGAAAACUUUGAGAAUGACACCUUGCUGAACCUUCCAGUGGUCGGCAAAAGGGGCGCUGAUAAUUACAAGAAUCUGUACUGCGCCAUCUGCCACGGACAGGACAAAUAUCUCUACUGGAGUGUUGAAACAUGCUGCAAGAACACAACAAUCGAGGAGGUGGAUGAACGGGGCAGUUCUGAGGUUAGAACACAGGUAUGCCAAACGGAGUAUCGUUCUCCGGAAAGCAAUUAUACAUACAGACCAUGUAGAAAAAGUAUCGCUACCUGCCCAAUUGAUUUCCAGGACGUCAACAUAAGAGAAUUGUGUGUUAACGGCAGUGCUGUGUACAUGUACUCUGACACCAAUACCUACAAAAAUAUUUAUUGUGCCGUAUGUAACAAUGUAUCCUUAGAUGAGGUUUAUUGCACAAAACAAGAUGUGGGACAUCACGAUUCUUUGUGUCACGCUAAGAAAAGAAAACUGCCUUAUUCUUUUAAAAUAUUGUUGGAUAUGAAUAAAAACAGUCGGACAAAGUCUACCCGGGUUGGGAUGAGAGGUAUUCAAAUAUCGACUCGCAAUAUAACACGGAAUUUGAGAUGUCCAACAAACAGGGUAUACGAUCCCUUUAUCAGAGCGUGCAGGGCAAUAUGGUGCCCGAUUUCCGGAGAAGAGAACUGGUCAGACUGCAGGCCCCAAACAGGUGAUGAAUUAGGUGAUAACGUCGAUAACGGGGUCUCUCUGGACUGUCCUUGGGUCAGACUGAAUCAGACGGAGUAUCAGCUAGAUGUAAACGGAACUAUUUUUAUCAGCUCCCAUCAGAAGCGUUACCAGCCAGCUGAGUUUCGUCUGUCAGGAGGAUACGCUUUUGUUUGUGCAGAAUUUACACAAAACUACACCGAACAUAAGCUCGUGAACGGGACUAAAAUAGCCUUUAAUUUCAGCGAGACUCAAGUUUAUUUAUCCCUUGUCGGUGUGCUAUUAUCUCUCAUUGCCCUGGCUGUUCAGAUGCUGGUUUAUGCACUCUUACCUACUUUGAGGAAUGUUCCUGGCAAGAACUUAAUGUGCUUGGUGGCCUCUUUGUUUCUGGCAGAGUUACUGUUCUUGGUGGCGCCGUCUUUAGAGGAGGUGUCCAAGGAGGCGUGUGUGGCUAUAGCUAUUAUGAUGCACUGUGGAUUUCAGGCUGCAUUUUGCUGGAUGCAAGUGAUGGCUUUUGACAUAUGGUACACGUUCAGUCGCAAAUCACUUCAUUCUCCUCAGAACGGCAAGUCCAGUGCCUUUUGGUUCUACCAAGCGUAUGGAUGGCUUACUCCUAUAGUGAUUGUCUCAGUGGCUGUGAUAGUGGACAAUUUCACCGAACCCGACUUUUUCCUGAGACCCUUGUAUGGCCAAGGCAUUUGUUGGAUUGCUAGCCGAGCCGGCUUAAUCAUGUUCUUUGCUGGACCAGUUGCCAUAGUAGUUUUCUCAAACAUCAUUUUCUUCAUCUUGACAAUACGAAGUAUCAUUGAAGUGGACAAGUCAACAAGCAUAGCUCAUAAGAACUCUGAAAAGCGGAGAUUUUUUCUGUAUGUUAAAUUAUGUUUUUUGAUGGGAGUAGCCUGGGCAUUUGGCUUCCUGGCAGCCUUUACAGAUGUCCAAGCACUUUGGUAUUUGUUUGUGAUUCUCAAUACUCUACAAGGAAUGUUCAUUUGUGUGGCGUUUGUUUGCACCAAAAAGGUGCUAAAAUUGCUAAAAGAGAAAUUCCAUUGUGAAUACCGCGCGGUAUCGCUUGGCAAGUCACGUGGUACGGUAUCCAGUUCUACUGGUAAAACUACGUUAAGCACGAAAAGCACAUAUGCUGUUCUUGGCAAGAAUGUUCAAGAAGUUUAACAAUCUACCUUAUAUGGAUUCCUUACUGAAUUUUUAUAAGCUCUCAAAAACUACGAAAGCGGUCAAACUAUAUAAUUAGUUAAAUAAGUUCUUUGAGUUGGUAUUUUUGUUUUACUUAUUUAAUAUAUAGAUGGCAUCUAUAUUAAAGAUUCCUCCUAAUCUUGUUAUAAUGUAUUUUGGUUCAUUGUAUAUAAUA